AUGGAGGGAGGCAAUAACGACAAUGAACAACUCGACGGUUGUAAUCAAGAGGAAGGUGAAGGUGGUUCACGUGGACCUCGCAGAGGACGUGGAUAUACAAUUCAGGGCCUCUCUUGGUAAGUGACUUUUAAAAUAUAUUUUUUACACACAUACGUAAAUAUUUAAACAUAUUGAACAACUCUACGGCUGUAAUCAACAACGGUAUGUUUUCACGUUAUUCAUUUGACGAUAUUUCUUACAAAAUACAUUAUUCAUACAACGUUUCAUCUAGUCAUAAUACGCGUCGCAUUAAUAUUAAUGAAUGAUUUGUUUGGACAUGCAUAUAUAUAUUAAAGGAUAUAUAUAAAGCCACUACAAGUUGAUCUUUAGUUUCUGGUCCGCCGCCCGCGUCCUUUCUCCGUAAAGUAUUAUUUCAGGACUAUUUUGUUAUUUACAAUUAAUUUCUAUACUUGAAAAUUUUCGCAAAGGAUUUAGCUUAUAUAGAACGAUAAAUAUUUAAUUUACACUAAAAAGACCGAGCAAAAUGUAGUAUUGAAUGGUAAAAACCGCUGCCUUAUCGAUAUUAAUACGAGGUAAAAAAAACCUAGAAAUAUUAGUAGAUCAUUUUGAUAUGUAAAAUCCUUUGUAAUCUGUCAUACAUGUCGAUUUAUAAAUAAUAUAAAUGCAAUUUAUGUAAAAUUUCAUAACAUUUUGAUACAAUUAGCAUGAAAAGGGACAAGAAUAAAGACCACAGAAAUGUGGGCAAAGCCACAAUUGUAAUUAUGUCCUAUAGUCCUAUAAACCACCCGCCCGCCCGCGUCAUAAACGAAGGUAAGGCAGGACCAGAAACUAAAGAUUAACUUGUAGUGGCCUAAAGGUCUUUGUUGAAUUUAUAGCGUCAAGCGAUAGCCUUGUCUACACCUAGAAAUUGGCCUGUGGGUGGGGAAAUGGUGAGGAAUUCUAGGUCAGUUUUUGCAAAGGCACCACUAUUGCCCGGGGGUCCCUAGGGUGGGGGGGAAGCCGAUUACACAUGCGAUUACACAUGCAUAGGACAAGCAAGUUUCCUUGACAAGUUUAUCACUACAAUUUUCCAGUUUUCCCUGUGAAAAACUUGUCAGAAAACUUCCUCAUCUGUUUGGGCCUUUAGGACCUAAUAUGAGCCCAGUUUGCCAGGAAGCUCACCUGCAUGAGCGGGAUGAAUUAUUUCUGCAAAUUCUGUGUUUAUCCCACCUAAUUUUGAUCCACAUUAUAGGAGUAAAUGUAAGCAUGCUGUAUUCUUGACUUGCACAUCGGCCAUGGUGGUGGCUUGGCACAAAAUAAUAUUUUAUAAUUCUACAAUGACAACCUUACUACUCCACAACAUUACAUAUUUAUAGUAGAAUAUUAUUUACAAUAUUAACCCUUUAAGUGGCAAUGCACCCUACUUUAUUAUUUUAUUGUGUCUAACACCAAAUAGUUUUACUUGUCAAGGAAAGAGUGCUGCACUCAGUGGUUAAUAUAUUAUUAUUGCAAAUAUGUAGGCCUAUAAUACUGUAUAAUACUAUGCCAGGUGGAGCUGUUUAUAUUAUUGAAGUUCUUUGUAUGUUUGCAUGGCGAUAAAACACAUCCUAUUAUAAUAGAAGCUGGCACCACAAUAUAUUGAAAAGGCUAAACAACUACUGUAAGAGCCAUAUGCAUGACACAUAUUAUUAUGUACUUUAUAUUCUAGUUUAACCAGCGACCAAGAAAGGUUGUGCGAAAUCGCACUAGAAGGUCACAAUAUAUGUAUAACUGGGAAGGCAGGGACAGGAAAAUCCGUUCUUGUGGGUUGCAUACAAAGAGAACUGAAAAGGCGUGGCAAAACUGUAGCGGUUAUUUGCUCAAGUGGUUUGUCUUGCGAAGUUUACCAGGGUGCAAAAGCCAAAACAGUCCACUCGCAAUAUGGUCUUCAAAUCGCAGAACUCCCAUAUGAUAAACUAGUGAAAAGGUCAUUGGCAAAAAACAAUGUAGUUGAUCAUGUAAAGUCUGUUGAUGUUGUUAUUUGGGAUGAGGUUUCAAUGUCAAGUCAGAGGAUACUUGAAAUUGUUAGCCGGAUUCACCAUAUUGUAUUGGCGUCAUAUAAGCCACUCGGAGGUGUACAGUUUAUCUUAGUUGGAGAUUUCUGGCAGUUGAGCCCCAUUGCAAGUGCAGUUGAUGCUGGACUCUUUGCCUUCCUGGCUACAAUUUUCAACAUUGCCUUUCCUCACCGAUUUGAAUUGACAAAUAUUAUCCGGCAAGACAAUUCCCAGAAAUCCUUAAGGGUUGCCCUAGAAGGUUUGAGAUAUGGCAAGUGCACUGACGAGUCAGAACUGCAUAUACAGAGCUUAGAAAAUACAAUACUAUGUGAGGGAACUUUACACCUUUUCUUCAAAAGAUUGCCUGUAGAGAUCCAUAAUUUUAACGUACUGCUUGGUAUUCCCGGAAGAAUGUUCUCUUUACAUGCACAAGAUCAAGGGCAUGUCACCACCUUGGAUUUUACGGUUGGAAAGACUAUCCAUUUAAAAGAAGGCUGCAAUGUUUUGCUGUUGUACAACAUCAGCGAAGACUUGAGGAAUGGAACGACUGGUAAACUUGUCAAAGUUGAAGAAGAUAGCUUGACAGUUGCCUUUCCGAAAGUUGGACACAAACAAAUAGUUCGUAAAAUAUGGUAUGUGCACGACAGAAAUGGAAAGGUACUUGGUAGCCGUACACAAUUCCCAAUCGUUCCAAGCUAUGCAGUUACUGUUCACAAAUCGCAAGGCAUGACACUUGAUAGUGCAGUAGUUCAUUGUACACGUGAGUUUGUUCCAGGACAAACGUAUGUGGCAGUAUCCAGAAUGAAAAAGGAUGAUGAUUUGCAAGUGAUUGGCUUUAGGAAAUCUUUUCUUCUGCCCAUACCAGACGAACUUGUGUCUUUCGAUUCAACAUACUGCGCACCAUUUUUGGAGAACCAGAAAUGCUGUAAAAAUCAAGUCCUUGAUGGUAAUGCAUUCCUUGUUCAUGAUCGAGAAGAAGCAACACUUACUGACCCAGAGGACCCUGCAAAUACAAUCAGCCACUUUCAGGAAUCUGCGGCCAAGGCAUACUACGAAGAUUUCGAGGAUGCUGAACCUGCAAGUCUUGAAGAUGUACUUCUUUCGUUAGAUGAAAUGACUAGCGAAUUAUCAGCUCCUCCUAAAUCGUUCAACCCUGUGAAUUUUUUGGAAACAUUCAUAUUCAAACAUGAUGAUCCUGUUUCUUCUUCUAUAAACUCAGAGGUAGAGUUUGCUUUGGACGAGUCAAACGUGGACAAUUUUAAGCUUCUGCUUGGAAUCAUCUGGUGCAGAAUCUUUAUUAUUUUUAAGGACUUUCUCGCAGAGAACGUGGACAGUGUGCGAAUGACCAGUAAGAAUUUUUUCGAUGCAACAGCAAAGUUAAAUGGAAUAUUUUUGUCUUGUGAGUACAGAAGAGACGUCUGUGCAGCCUUUGGUGAAACAUGUUGGCAAGACAUCAGCCACGGUCAGCAAGCUCUUUGUGCCCAGAUAGUUCAUGGACUUUUUCAGCUGUUCAUCAACGAAGUCGCUCAACGAAUAAGGCGAGUGGAACUGUCAGAACCUGUUCCGUUCAGGGUUGAAGAAAUGGAUGAUAUUGGAAAGGGAAAAAUAAGGUAUAUUGGCGGAUGGGUGGUUCGGAAGGUCCUUGAAACUAGUCGUAGGUAUUUAAAGGACAAUAAGUUUUCUACUGUCACUCCUGUUCGUGCAAGACUCGCUGCAGAACUUCGCAAAAUGGAAAUGUUGGAAAACGAUAUAAUUGUUCCAUUUGAAUCGCUUGAGAAUGAUACGGAAGCUAUUGGAACAUUGAAUGUUGUGGAGUCAAGACAAUUCCGUUGCCGCGGAUUACUCCAUAUCAGUGAUGCAGCUCAUGCGUUCUUUCUGCUAUUGGAACAGCAAAGAGUUGAUCAAAUCAACCAGUACCAUCUGCUCCAUGAACAAGGGCGAAUGGUUGAAGCCGCACUGAUUAAGAUCGGCGGUGAUGAAGAUUUGAAGGAUAAAUUCAGACUGUUAUUCAACAUGGAGAAUGCUGGAGAUGAGGUGGGUAUCGACAACAAUUUUACUAGCUAA